UCGCAUAGUUGGCGUGUGGUGAAUUGGUGGCGCUGCCGGUCGAGUCGUCAAAAAAGUGGCUGGAAUAAUGGCGUCUGAAAUACAAAUAGUGAUAAAUAGUGAGAAUUUAGCUAAAAUAGAGACUUUUCUCAAUGACUCGGCGUACAAGGAGGUGCUGGAGAACAGCGAGAACUACAAUACGCGUCUGUGCAUCGAGAGGCGCCUACGGAUGCCGUUUCUCGAUCCCCAAACGGGAGUCGCUCAGAAUCACUGUGCUUUGUUUAUGAAGAGCAGACAGAGAAUGCCAGGGCUUCAUUCUGGUCAGCUCUAUUCAUAUCCAGCUGCUCGCUGGCGCAAAUCCCGCCGGCAGUACUUGAUCCAGCGCCCCUUUCGGAUGCUCAGGGAGGCGGAAAUCGAAAGCGACUUCCACCAUGCGGUUCAGGUUCAGGCGCACGAUGGCGCUUCCUCACUGGGCGCCGGCGACACGGACAGCAAAGACAGCCAGAAUGUGAAGGAGGAGGUGCCCAAGGAAUGGUUCUAUGACAUGGACCUCCAUGACAUGGAUGGCUUCGACGAUCCUGACUCCGAUUUCGAUUACGAAGAACCCUACAGCAUCCGCCGCUCCAAGCAACGGCGGAAGCCUGAUCGUCGCAGUAAAUCAUCGACUGCAGCGACCAGUGAGACUCUGACCAAGAAACCCGGCUCCAGAGGCCGUGGACGUCAGAAAAAGUCCCUCGCGGACACUUCCAUCGAUUCUCCGUCUUCUUCAGCGGUCAGCAGCGCCAAGAAGCCUCGCCUGCAGCCUCAUGAAGAUUCUCAUUGCUCCAGCCCAUCGGCAGCUAGCUUCCCGCCGGCCCCGGAAAUUCGUCAGCCGGCGCCAAUUCCGUUUGACAGCUCCUCGGGGGAGAUGGAGGAGCGCCCCGUGCCGCCGCGUAGUUUGGUGGAUAAGGGGAAAGUGGCGCCAUCUCCGUACUGUGACUUCUGCUUGGGCGACGCCAGGGAGAACAAGAAGACGGGAGUUCCGGAGGAAUUGGUGUCGUGCAGCGAUUGUGGCCGCAGUGGCCAUCCGACGUGCCUCCAAUUCACGGCCAACAUGAUGAUCUCGGUGAAGCGGUAUAGGUGGCAGUGUAUCGAGUGCAAGUACUGCAGCAUCUGUGGGACUUCAGACAAUGACGAUCAGCUUCUGUUCUGUGAUGACUGCGACCGAGGGUACCACAUGUAUUGCCUGUCGCCGGCUCUCACGUCGCCCCCUGAGGGCUCAUGGAGCUGCAAACUCUGCAUCGAGGAAUUCCAUACGCCUAAACCGAAGCAUCCAGUAGCACCCUUUGCGCCCAUUGCCACAACUUCCGGACAGCACUAGAGCCACCGACGGCCCCGUAGGGAAUUGCACGCAGCUAUCUCUUCUGAUGACUCUUCUGUAGGACCCAGCAAAAGCACGCCCAGCAGCCACGACUAAGCCCCAGAGAUUAUCGAAUGUAUUAUUAGAGAGACAAGUGAGAGAGAGAAAGAGGAAGCCAGGGAUAUGUUUAAUAAAAUUAAGGAUUACAAUCAUGAAAAAUAAAUAAAA